AAGUGGGGAUUCGUCGUCAGUCAAUUCUUCCACACUCUAGGGUUUUGGGCGCAUACUUCACCACUCCAAAAAACCCCUCUUCUGUCCCGCUCAUCUCUGCGUCGUCGUCGUCGUCGUCGUCACCAUGAGCAGAUCGGGCCAGCCGCCGGAUCUCAAGAAGUACAUGGACAAGAACCUCCAAAUUAAGCUUAACGCAAAUAGGAUGGUUGUUGGAACACUCCGUGGGUUCGAUCAAUUCAUGAAUCUAGUGGUAGAUAAUACUGUUGAAGUGAAUGGGAAUGAGAAGACUGACAUAGGGAUGGUGGUUAUAAGGGGAAACAGUGUUGUUACAGUGGAAGCUCUCGAACCCGUGAACAGGACAUAGUCCAUUUAGCUAUGUAUUUGGGUGAUUUAACAAACUCUUUAGUCGCAGUUGAUUCUGAUGCUACCGAGUUGCUUGUAAGGGGGACGGUGUAUGAACUCGACCUAUGAUUUGCUUCAUGAAAUAUUGGCUUUCAAGGGAGUAGUGCACUUGGCGCAGGCCAGAUUGUGGAUUUCAAUGAAAUUAUGUAUCACUACGCAUUGUGA